ACGUGUCAUUUGAAGACUGCUUGUUGGUGGCGUUGCGCAGGUUCAUUUUCGUAAAAGUCCAGUUGGAACUCCUAUUAUUGAACAAAAGUUGAAUGGUUUCGGCCGAAGUGUUAAGUUAAUUUUUAGUUAGGAUAGUUAAUUCACAGUAAAUCACAAUGGGGAUCAAAUUCCUUGAAGUUAUAAAGCCGUUUUGCAGUAUAUUACCCGAAAUAGCAAAACCGGAGAGAAAGAUACAAUUUCGAGAAAAGGUGUUAUGGACUGCAAUAACAUUAUUUAUUUUCUUAGUAUGCUGCCAGAUUCCAUUAUUCGGUAUAAUGUCCUCGGACAGCGCAGAUCCCUUCUACUGGAUCCGUGUGAUCCUCGCCUCUAACAGAGGAACGCUUAUGGAACUCGGUAUCUCCCCCAUCGUCACUUCUGGUCUGAUCAUGCAACUUUUGGCUGGAGCUAAAAUCAUUGAAGUCGGCGACACUCCUAAAGACAGAGCACUGUUUAAUGGAGCUCAGAAAUUAUUCGGCAUGGUGAUCACAGUGGGUCAAGCCAUCGUGUACGUAAUGACUGGCAUGUACGGUGAGCCAAGUGAGAUUGGUGCCGGUGUAUGUCUGCUCAUUAUCAUCCAACUGUUUGUUGCUGGUCUUAUCGUUUUGCUUCUGGAUGAACUCUUACAGAAGGGAUACGGUCUUGGUUCUGGAAUUUCACUUUUCAUUGCCACAAACAUUUGCGAGACAAUCGUCUGGAAAGCAUUCUCACCGGCUACCGUCAAUACUGGUCGCGGCACAGAAUUCGAAGGCGCUGUUAUCGCAUUGUUCCACCUGUUGGCGACUCGUCCCGACAAAGUGCGCGCCCUCCGAGAGGCCUUCUACAGGCAGAAUCUCCCCAACCUGAUGAACCUGCUCGCCACCAUCCUUGUCUUUGCUAUAGUCAUAUACUUCCAAGGUUUCAGAGUGGACCUACCCAUCAAGUCUGCGCGCUACCGUGGCCAGUACUCCUCUUACCCGAUCAAACUGUUCUACACCUCAAACAUACCCAUCAUUCUACAGUCUGCGCUCGUCUCCAAUCUCUAUGUUAUCUCUCAGAUGUUGGCAGUGAAAUUCAGCGGCAACUUCCUGGUGAACUUGCUGGGUGUGUGGCAUGACGUCGGCGGCGGCGGCCCCGCUCGCGCCUACCCCAUCGGCGGUCUCUGCUACUACUUCAGCCCCCCGGAGUCGCUCGCCCACAUCGCCCGCGACCCGACGCACGCGUUACUCUACAUCGUGUUCAUGCUCGGCUCCUGCGCUUUCUUCUCCAAGACCUGGAUCGAUGUGUCCGGAUCCUCCGCUAAGGACGUCGCCAAGCAACUGAAGGAGCAACAGAUGGUGAUGCGCGGCCACCGCGACAACUCCAUGAUCCACGAGCUCAACCGGUACAUCCCCACCGCUGCUGCCUUCGGUGGUCUCUGUAUCGGAGCUCUCUCAGUCCUGGCCGACUUCAUGGGCGCCAUCGGCUCGGGCACCGGUAUCCUGCUGGCCGUCACCAUCAUCUACCAGUACUUCGAGAUCUUUGUGAAGGAACAGGCGGAAAUGGGUGGAAUGAGCACGCUCUUAUUCUAAGUUGUCAGUUGUAGCUCCCGAUGGGACCGCACGAACUACCUUCUCUCUCUGAUUUAAAUUUUCAUGUUAUAGUUUAGUACUGAGUACGCGCGGUCCCCUCGGCCUGUGUGGCGUGGGUUAUGUGUUAUUUAUAUGAGAUGAACUUUUAUAAUAAAAGAUUUUAUCGAGUA